AUGGAUCAAACCAUGAUGAAAGAUUUGACGACCACCUCAGUCGCUUGGAAAACAGCCAAAAAUGAUGCAGCCACUGUAUCCUUGAAAUCCACUUGGAAACCCACGUUUGAAUGGAAACAAGACACGCUGGUUUUAAAAGCCGUCCCGCCCCAAGAUGUCUAUGCUCGCGAUGCGGCCAAUAAAGUGCAACCCUUAUCAACCGUUGGGUUUUAUGUCGACUUUGCUCAAAAGUUUGGCCUCCUUACCACAGACAAGAACGACAAGUAUCAAUUAGGACCCAAUUUAGACUAUGCAUUACCCACCAACACCUAUAAUGAUACCACACUUCCUACGAGAACCAAUCAAAGGUAUCAGUGGUUAGGAGAACACUUUGUGGGGAUUAAACCACACGAUUUAAUGGGAGGUAAUGAGUUAUUCAAAGUCAAGACCGAGGAAGGAAAGCAGUAUAUGUAUCUCACCCGCUACGUCGAUUGGCAAUUCCUAAACUUAAAUGCCUUGUUUAAUACACAUGUGGGAACCAUCAAACAAACAGUGAUGUUGUAUUGCGAUGUAGUCGAAUCGACCAUCGUUGAGAUCCAAAAACAUUCGUUGUUGAGAAAAGUGGAAUUGGAACGUCGGGGUCAGGGCCGAGCUACGGUAGAACCCCUUCAUCGCGAAUGGAUUCGACUGCGAAGCAAACGAGUGGAAAUCAUUGAAGUGUCACUCGCUACACCUCGUGGAUCCUUGUUGGUCCUGCCUACGGGCAAAACACUGGUGACCCUAGGGUUUCGACGAGUAUAAAAGAACCCUCUCCUCUCUGAUGGCACAGUCUUUCAUCAUGUUGGGUGGGUCACUCACACGAUAUCAUACCCCCACUCUGAAAGUAAAAGGGUUUUCACAAGAGUUGGUCAAAUUAGCUGGACCCACAUUGCUUCGAUCCAUUGGACAUGGCCUUGACGCGUAUGAAAAAGGGGCGUCUGCCACAGAGGCCGUUAAAAGCUCAAGCCAAGUGUUAAAACGAGGUCUGAAACGUAAAAUUCCCGCAGCCGUAGGUCUUUAUGCCAAAACCAAAGCUAAAGAAAGCUAUAAAAAGAAACGACAACGUGUCAAAGACAUUUUAGGCGUGUAAUCAUGAGACGUGGACAAAAAUCGCAAUCGCGUGUGAAACACCAGCGAUCGGUGGGUCGUUACAAUUCACCCUACCAACGGGGUGGCACUUUCGUAAACCGUGGGAAACAUGAUUCGUCAACCUGCUAGUGUAAUUAUUGCGGCCCGUCUAGGUCUGGCAAGAGUAAAUUGGUCGAAAGCCUCUUGAAAGAGAAAAAACUGUUUUAUCCCCCUCCCCUAAAGAUGGUUUACUGCUACGAUCGAUGGCAACCACGUUUUGAUCGCAUGAAAAAACACUCCAACGUUCACUUUUACAAAGGUCUUCCUCCUGAAGGAGCGUUAGUCAAAUGGUUUAAACCUGAACAUCAUGGGAUUCUCAUUCUCGAUGAUCUGAUGGAGGAAUCGGGCAAUGAUAAACGCGUGUUGGAUUUAUUUACCAAAGAUUCUCAUCAUCGUGGUAUUACCGCCUUAUAUCUAGCCCAAGAUCUCUUUCCUCCCGGCAAAUUUGCCAAAACCAUCAACCGCAACGCGCAUUAUGCUAUUUGCUUCAAAAGUCCUCGUGACAAGACGGGCAUCCGUAACUUGUUGCUGCAAGUGUAUCCAGACAAAUGGCGACGAGCGCUUCAAUUAUUUUUGAGGUUGAUGGCUCGCCCCUUUGGUUAUUUUAUGUUGGAUUUACAUCCAGCCUCCGACGAUCGUUUUCGCGUAUGGAGUCAUUUAACCCAACGUAAGGGGAAACCUCAGGUCCAUACGUUUGACGAAGAUAUAAAAGGAGAUUCAUUCACGAGCGAUUCAUUAACCAUGGCCAAAGGACGACAACGACGGAGAGGGUUGGCAAAAAAGCGCAAACCUGGGGUGGGAAGACAACGUGGAGGGAUAGCUCCCUUCUUAGCAGCAGCUAUUCUUGCCUUAGUGGCUGGAGGAAAAGCGGCAGCCAUGGGAGGACUCGGCGCUGCGGCCAAUUAUGGGACCAUGAAAGCUUUACAUGCCUUAUCCAAACAGAAGUAUAAAAGGAACCGCAGACCCCAAAGGAGGCCUAAAGCACGAUGACAGGACGUAUGACAUGACAAGGAGCCUUUUUAAAAGAUGUCUUAAAGGAAGCCAACCAAAACAAACGUCAACAAAAACUUCGCUAUGCCAAUGCAGAUCAAAUUAAUGCUGUGAGUGAAUUAGUCAUGAAUACCUUGCGUGGGGCGAUUCGUCCUGGCAGAAAAACUGUGCCCAAAUUAAAACCCUACAGCAAACAACUUCGCCUGAUUGCAAGUCCCCGUCAGAGUAUAAAAAGAAGACGUCACCUCAUGAUUCAUUAAUUAGGCGCAGGUGUUUGGAGUGAGUUAAAACGUUGUUAUCAUUGUGCUAAGACCCGCUACCGCUAUUAAGAUGAAACAAGUCCUGUUCCAACGACUGCUAUGUGUGCUAGAAGGGUUGAUGACGUUGGUCACCCUGUUGAAAAACCUUCACCAACGCAUGAAAGAAAAAUAUCCCAAGAGUGGGGGUCCAAAAACGUGUAAGUAUGCCCGUGGGACUUUGAUGUUCAUUCAUUGCUGACCGUUGACGGUAUUAGUAGCACGCCCAUGGAAAACUCUGUUCAAUUUUUUCGGCUAAGGGAUAAAUACAAAUCCGACCUCUUAGAUGAUAGUCGUCUGACUAAAGCAGUGGGUCUAGCGGCCCAACAAAAACUGUUGCUAGAAAGUCCUGCCCCCGAUACCUGGAAAGAACCCCGUUUGAAAUCCGUGAACCGACAGUUACGACAAUGGACCAAGAAAAUUCGUCAGCCUGGGGGUAUGCGCGCUAUAGGGCGUGAUGAUGACGACACGGAUGAUGACGAUCCAAUAAUUUAGCGGUGGGUCCCAUGCAACAAUUUAUGAGUAAUAUUGCUAAAAUUCAGAAGGGUAUAAAAAGGAAAGCCACGACCCCUAACGUACAACAAACAGCCGUGACACCGGCUAUUAAACAGUCGCCCAAGACUCCGGAAAGCAGAAAAAAACCCAAGUUUUCCUUUAAAACUGGAUCGAAAGGAAAGUGUUUGUUACCGAAGACACCUAAAAGUAAAAAGUCUCCUUCUUCUACCUUCAAGACCCCUGAAAAGUCUUUGGAAGAAUUAGCCACAGAUUUACCCUUUUCAGACCAGUUAGGCGAAUCGCCUUGGAAAACUCCAGGUGAAUUAGCCAGAGACAGUCUCAGAGCCAUAAGAAGACGUACACGCAAAUCCCAGAGUGAGGACCGAAAAAAAGAAGGUUUAAAACAAACUGUGCUGAAAAAGGCCACCGAAAAAGCUUUGAAAAAGUUAGCCCCAGCUCCUGGGUGGAAACCCUUUGGUACUCCGACUAGACGCAAACUCGAUGGCAAAGACUGGUAAACGGAAACGUUCAAGACCCCGUAGAGGGAGACAAAAAAGCCGUUGAGAAAACAGGCAUGGAGUUUCAUAUUCCCUAA